AUGAAGAUGCUUCCCUCAUUCGGCUUCAUUCUCCUUCCUCUGCUUUCCUUCCAUGCACUUCUUACGACUCUCGCAGAUACAACCGAGAUUCCCUCAUGCGAUUCCUCCUCGGCCUUUCACAGCCCAUCCAACCAAUGUCAGCAGCUGUUGGAGGGAGAUGUCUGCAAAGAAGGCGAAUGGCUCGUCUUGAACCGGAGCACCAAGGAAGCAGAAUGCCGAAACCGGACUUGUGGCAGGUCCGAGCUUCCACUUUAUUCCGAACCGGAUCUCUGCAUUCCUAUCAAUAGCCCCAGAGGACACUGCGGGAAAAAUCAGGUCCUGGUUGCUGAUCAAUUCGGUUUCGGGCAUUGCGAGUGCUCCAUGUACGAGCGACGUUACAUCUACUGGCCCCCAGACAAAAAUUGUUAUCGAGUGUUCAAUCGAGGCCCCUGUGACCCCGGAAACAUCUUCAUCGACAGCCGAAAUGGAACCGCAGUCUGCAAAUGGAAUCCCUGCCCCGAUAACAAGAUCUACUGGCUUUCUCUCGGCGAAUGCGUCUCAGAGGAAGACCCCGCCCUCUGUCCUUCAUCCAUGCCCUUGACCAUAGACCGCCUACCUGACCAGCAAAUCACCCUAGCCUGCAAGGAAGAAAUCGGACACGAAGCGAUCGGCUCCUACACUUUUCGGACGUGCACACCCGGCAGCAUAAGCGAGGCGGAGGGCAAGUGCGAAGGCACAAUCUCUUUGAAUCUGUGUCCACCAGGGAAGGAAGAAGAUUUGUUCGGCGGAUGCCGAAAAUCCUCGAGCUGA